AUGGGUGGAAAAUGUAGCAAGGAAAGUAAGUUACAGAGGGAACGCGAUGAAGCCGAGGAUUUAUCAGCCAGGUUGGCAGACGAGGCUAAAUUUGCUGAGGAAGUCAAUACAAUCAGAGAGAAACAGGAGAAAAUGAGGACUGAGUCACAAAGGGUGGCUAAAGAGGAGGAGUCCGAACUUGAAACUCAAAGAAGUGAAAAAUCUUCCGUACGAGAUAUGGUGUCCUCAAGUAGGUCAUCAAAAGAGAUAAUACUUGAGAAACAACAAUCAGCUAAAAGGGAAUUUGAAAGGAUGAAGGAGGAGCAGGGGCGUAUGGAGGGUACUAACCUAAUUAAACUCGACAAAGUUGAUCCAAGCAGAUCCGUUUCCAGUGCCAGAAGCAUUGAGGCCAAGAGGGCAGAGAACAGUGCCACCACGGGCAGUGCCCGCUUGGUUGAUAGUGAAAAAACCGAUAGAUCAGUACAAAAAACUGAGGAGGUAGAGACGUUGUUGAAUAUGGGCAACGUCGACAAGACAGCAUCGUUAAUAGCGCAAAAGUAUGGGUGUAGUUUGGGGCCCGGCCAUAUCACUAGCGAAUGUCCGAUUUGCAGCACAUUCGACCUCUCAGAUGCCCCUCUUCUCUCAUAA